AUGAAGUUCACUUCUUUCCUCGCCCUCGUGACGCUGGUGACCGCCGUCUCCGCAAAGCACUACUGCAUCGGCGGGUGCGUCAAGUGCUACUGCGGCGAGACCCAAUAUGACGACCACCGUUGCAGCUUCUGCAGCUGCAACGAAAACGCGUACAAGUCGAAGAACGAAAGCAACCCCCAGGGCACUUGCGAUCAACCAGAUGGCUUCCACCUCGGCUGUGGCGUAAGUUUUAACGGGGCCUGCUUUUAG